CGCAGUUCGGACGAAGUUUUGGCUCACCGGCGGCUCCCUCAACGGGUCGACUAGUGAGGAAGACUCGGCUCCUCCUUCUCCCGCUUCGUUGUUUUUUUGCUUCCUUGCCGUCGAGGAAACAUGGUAAGGAGCGAGGAGGAGGAGGCGGCUUGGAGACAAUGGUUUCGCCGGGGUUCGUGCCUGGGGACCAGGAAAGCGAGGCUGGGUGGGGUGUAGCGGUGCCAACUUGGCCCCACAAGCGUGGGUGCCCGGGGCCGUAGGUGCCCAUGCGACGUGCAUGGCCCUGGCACCCAGAUUAGUGGGUGCCCUCCACGGGGAAUUUUGUGGGCGCUCGGGCAUCCAGGGCCAUGGGGUGUGAGGCGAGGGGGUUGCGCCCUGUGGGUGUCGGUAGCCAUCUCGGGGCUCCCGGGACGCGGGUGUCGAGGAGCGGAUGGGGGCCAAAAGGCGCUGGCGAGGCAGCGAUGCCUUCUUCUCCCUCGUUGUCCCUGGAGGAGCUCCAUCCCGGUGGGGGGCGCCGCCUCCCGGGAAGAGCGUUUCCGCGUGUAGGAAAUCGCGCCGCGCAGACACGUGUCCGCUCGGCUGCGUGUGCGCACAUCCGGAGGAGCGUUGCCCGAGUCGUUUGCGCGCAAUGGGUUGGGGGAGCGAGUGGCCUGAAACUUGCGCGCACGCGGUGGGACGCCCAGCUUCCUUGGUGUAAGAAAAGCCCCUAAAUGGCCUUACUCGUCUCUUUAACCUUUAACGCGCCAUUUAGAAGCAUAUGAUGCCUCAUUUGCUCGGGUUCUGAUAAUUUUUUUGGGGGGGGUGCGCUUGGGAUUCAAUUGCGUCUCUACGGGGCUUGUUAGGAUCAAUGCCGGAAGCGGGUUCUGGGGUGCGUUGCUUACUCCAGUCGUUACCAAACGAGACCAUGAGAAUAUCUGAAUAGUCUCUGUGCGCCUCGAUUUACCCUUUCUGGGAAAUGGGUCUAUGGAACACAAGGUCUUUUGCCAAAAUCCUCUGGAAGCGUGCUUCCGUAAGCAGCAGGAUGUGGUCGCUUAAGCCCGGCAUGGCAGCCUCUUCCACACCCAUGUGUGUAGCCAAGCGGGGGGGGGGGUAGGUGAGGGCAGCUGCCCGUCCCCCAGAUCAAGUAAAACAAUAGAAAUACUUAAGUGACGAAUCACAUAGGUCUUGUCCCCCGACAAAAGGCCUGCUUCCCCCGCCCCACAAAAUUCCUGGUUACGCCCAUGUCCAGAACUUUUUUUCUUGCUUCCUUAACUACGUGUUGAGUCACUUCUUCCAAGCAGAGUUGGAAAGCGAGAGUCCAAGGCGAGCAGCCCGCCAGAGAGAACGCGCGGGAAGAGCCUUGUUGAAUAACCAGCUUGUUGCGUCAUUUCCCCGGGCGGUUGAACGCAGAACCUUGUGCGCUUCAUUUGCCUGUUGGCAAAAGGAAACGCUGCAAAUCAAUCCUGCUCCCCACCCCCCAUGCAAGAAAAAAUAAACACACUCUUGUCCCCAAAUGCCCAUUGCAAAUCAGCCAGGCUAAGCGGCUUACGUUGCGCUUAAGAGGCAUCCUUAGGCAAGGUAAUCCAUUUUGGGGUUGGGUCGCAUCUUGAAAGCAAAAGUGACCAAGUUUGAACUUGCCAGCUGCGAAGCUUGGCUCUGGCAAAUAGAUCCUGCAUAGAAGGGGCAUUAUGUGGCAUUGCAUAAUGUCUAGCUACCAGCAGGCAGGGCAAAAUGUCUUAAAAGUUGCUGGAAAGCAAGGCAUGUUCAGCCAAAGUGAGUUAGGAGGGACAGAUCUUCAAAGGGCAUAACAGCUCCAUUUUGUGGCUCGGUUGAAAUACAAAAGAUGCAAUUCCAGCAUCAGUUGUUGUUUUUAAUUUAAAUUAAGAGAUUACUCAAAACCGAGCUGUCGAGUAGACUUUUAAUUUUUUGUUUCAAAUCUGAGUAACUGGAGCCUGGAAGCAAAACUGGAUUUGUUUCAAAUCUGAAUAACUGGAGGAAAUUAAGGGUGUAUCCUUGCACCAGAUAUCAUGAAAAAGAUACCUCCACCAACACUUAUGGGGAACAGUAUGAGAAACAAAGCUAGAAUCAUCUUGCUCUGGUUUGCUUUUGUUUGCCUGUUGGUAAACCUGGAGCCCUGUGCAAAAUGUUUCUCUGUGCCCCCACAACUUGUCGGAGAGACACAUUAACUCCCUUUGGAACCCUGAUCCUAGUGUUCUGGGUUCCAGAAACUGAGGCUACCUAAUAAUGCACAGGACUUGGCUAGCUCUAUGAAACCAAAUCUGCUCCUUGCUCUCCUCCCCCUUGUUUGUGCUGUGGGAAGGAUAAUGGGGCUCAGUUGCCUAGCACUCAAUCGCCUGCCUUGGUGGGGUGAGGCCUUGGGCCUCUUCUGCUUAGCUCUUGCUGCGUUUUCACUUCGCUGGCAGCAACUAGCUAAAACAAGCCAAAUCCUGUUGGGAGUUCAAAAGAGCUGGCUCUGAAACAUCGACUCAUUAGCAUCUGGAUGAGCUAUCCGAAGAAGCAAGCAUGAGCAGGCUAAGAACCGUGUCUCACUUAAACUCCAGCACUCCUAUAAUCUCCAGGCCUUAGUCCUUUUGACCAAGGGAACAACUUUGAGCACAGUGCCUGUAGUCAUGGGUGUUCAGCGUGGGGGCAGUUGCUCCCCCCCAUUAGGACCCAUAAUCCCCUGAUUCUCCUAUCAAAAAGAAAGUGAUAUUUGCUGCUUUGUCCUGGAUAGUUGAAAAAUUUCAGGGGUUUAAAAAAAACAAACCACUCAAAAACUUUCAGGGUGCCCUGGUUUUUACUCUUGAAAUAUGGCAACUCUGUAUUUGCUGCAUUUGUGUAACCUAAAGCAUGAGGCAAAAUGUGAUACUAUACAGAUUUUAUAGUCCUGAGGGAUACAUUGUGCUGCUGCAGCAGACACAAUGACUCAACAGGCACCGGGUUGUUUGAGUCACACCCAAAGCCUGCAGUGCCGAUUAGGAAUGAGUAACAGUGUCUUUUGCAUACAACUGGUGCUUCAGGGUUGAGUUAGUGUUGUCGUGUAGGGAAUCUGUUGGUCUAUUGCACACCCUUGGCUGAGCUCAUCUGGCUAGCCUGAGGUAGGACCUCUUUCCUACCCAGGGUACAAGACUACUACCUCGCACUUCAGUGUAAUCUUUGACCAGGACAGAUCUGUCUCUCCUGCUCAUUUAUCUCACUGACUGCAUGUUGAAGUAGGUUUAUGAACCUUAAGAAGGGACAAACCAUUUUCUGGAACACAAGGCAGGUGAGUAGAAUUGUGUCUGCCCUCUCUGAGCUGUCCCUGUAAAUAUUGAUACCCCGCUCACUCUGGGCGGCUCCCAACAGAAUAUUAAAAACAUGAUCAAACAUCAAACUUCCCUAAACAGGGCUGCCUUCAGAUGUCUUCUAAAAGUCAGAUAGUUCCUUGACAUUUGAUGGGAGGCCGUUCCACAGGGUGGGCACCACCACCAAGAAGGCCCUCUGCCUGAUUCCCUGUAACCUCACAUCUCGCAGUAAGGGAACUGCCAGAAGGCCCUCAGCACUGGACCUCAGUGUCCGGGCUGAAUGAUGGGGGUGGAGACACUCCUUCAGGUAUACUGGACCAAGGCCAUUUAGGGCUUUAAAGAUCACCACCAACACUUCAAACUGGGAGCCGGUGAAGAUUCUUCAGGGCCAAAGUUUUUAGGGGUUAGAGACUCAGGGCACUCCACCCAAAAAAGCGCAACAACUGUGGGCAAUGACAAUGAAUGGAUAGCUGCCAAUUUUAUAACACUGGGAGUAGAUCGCAAUCUCUAGAGAGUUGGAUAUGCCUGUACUAGGUGCCAUCUAUAUAAUAUUUUCAUAGAAUUUUCUCUUAAUCCAUAAUAUACUGUAAAAUUUAUAUCCGUAUUCCAUAAGAAUUCCCUUCUCUUCAGAUAGGAUGAUGAGGGAGAAUUAGUUUUUGCCAACAGUUUCUGGGUAAAAGCUGUGGGCUUCCAAGGCUGUCACAAGCCACUUUCUCUUUAUCAAUCAUCAAAAAAUGGAUUAAAGUCACAACAGACUGGCACGUGGACAACUUUAAAUGACUCCCCAGAAUUAUCAGCUUAGCUUUAAGAAAGUGAGUGAAUUUUCCACAUGUCUUAUUUCCUAGGCAAUGGAUUUUGUUUGCAUUUUGGUUUCUGGGUCUUUGGCAUACAGUGUUCGAAAAAUCUUUGAAUUCUGCAAGUUUGAGGCCACAGAAGUGGGGCAGGAUGGGGGACUGCUUAUUCCGAGCUGUUCCAUGGCAGCUCUGCCUUGGGGAUGAUGACAUUGCAUUGUGGGCAAUUCAUUAGCUGCUUACUUGCUAGUAGACUGCCGACUAGGAAAAGUUAAAGGACCCCUGGAUGGUUAAGUCCAGUCAAAGGUGACUAUGGGGUUCCGGAGCUCAUCUCGCUUUCAGGCCAGGAGAGCCGGCUUUUAUCCACAGACAGCUUUCUGCGUCAUGUGGCAGCAUGACCAAACCACUUCUGGAGCAACAGGACACCAGAGUGCAUGGAAAUGCUGUUUAGCUUCUCACCGCAGUAGUACCUAUUUAUCUACUUGCACUGGCGUGCUUUCGAACUGCUAGGUUGGCAGGAGCUGGGACCGAGCAACGGGAGAUCAUCCCGUCACCGGGAUUCAAACCCCUGACCUUCUGAUCGGCAAGCCCAAGAGGCUCAGUGGUUUAGACCGCAGCGCCACUGCCGACUAGCACAGCUUUGCUCAUUGUGUGCGUGCACAAACUGCUCUAGAUAUAUCACUUCAUUCCUUUCUGCAGUUCUGAAGUCAGGCCCUAAACUCACACUUAAGACGCAGGGGUAGGAAUGGGGGAUUUAAAAUAACAUGGAAUUGGUUGGACAGGGGAGUUCCAUGUCUGUGGGGUGUGUGUCUGCAUUGAGGAAGGAUGCAUGCAUUCAUUUUAACCGCUUCUCUUUGCAGCGUGAGUGCAUCUCCAUCCACGUUGGCCAAGCCGGAGUCCAGAUUGGCAAUGCCUGCUGGGAGCUCUACUGUCUUGAGCAUGGCAUCCAGCCUGAUGGGCAGAUGCCCAGUGACAAGACCAUUGGGGGAGGAGACGACUCCUUCAACACGUUCUUCAGUGAGACGGGAGCUGGCAAGCACGUGCCCAGGGCAGUCUUUGUGGACUUGGAACCAACUGUGAUUGGUGAGCAAACAAGGGACUUCUAAUAACUUUCUAGCUAUGUUUGUGUCUACAGGAGGGAUGCCAGAGGUCUUGAUGGUUCCACUUGCUUCUCUCCGCAGAUGAGGUGCGCACUGGCACCUACCGCCAGCUCUUCCACCCUGAGCAGCUCAUCACUGGCAAGGAGGAUGCUGCCAACAAUUAUGCCAGGGGCCACUACACCAUUGGCAAGGAGAUCAUUGACCUGGUCCUUGACAGGAUACGGAAGCUGGUGAGUUGAUGUCUGCAGCCUGCGAGACUGGGGGAAGGGGCUUCUAAACACAACAGGAAAGACGUUUCACAAAAACACCCAUUAUAAAUGGAGAAAGGACAUUUCUUUAAUAUGUUCCUUCUUGUUUCCUCUGUUCCGGAUGUGGGCAUGGUUGUAGCAAGAAAAAGCACUGCCCGUGUCAAGAGGGAAUGGCCAGCUUUUCAGAAAUAGACAAAACCCUUAAAAAAAGAAUAAAUGUGGACCCACCAAAAUUGAUAAGCUAGGACUGAGUGUGCUUGGAGUCCAUAGAAUUCUGUAUGCUAGGAGGAGAAAAUGUAAAAGCAAAGGAGGGGAGUGGAAUGGCAAAGGGGGGAGCCUGACCCCCCCACUCCUCCCACUGCAACAUUUUGUUGCAGGUUUUGCUUUAUGUCCAAGCUGUGUUAAACUUUUGAGCUAGGGUCCUACCUGCCUGUACUGCUUAUGCAAGCCUGCUUCUUUCCUUCACCCAUCUUGAAAGGCAAGAAUAAAUUGUAUAGUCAGUUGUACACUGCUGCUAAUUAAUACUUCACAUGCACUGUAUCCUGCUUUUCCCCAAAGAGCUUAAGAUAGCAGAGGUGGUGGUGUGAUCAGGCAAUAAUUUGUGCAGUCAUUUUGAUCUGUCCUCCAAAGCUAAGUGCUGGGGCAGGAGUAGUAUAGGCAUAAAUUUAGCAGGACCAGUUGGUCUAAGAAGGGGAAUUUAGUGGUUGAGUUGUCCUCCAUAUAAGGUCUAGCCCUUGAAUUAACAGGCCAUAGUUGUCUGGAAGCUACAGGGACAUAGUAUUAAGUGAGGCUCAGUGUCUCUGUCCCCCUCUCCUUCAUCCUAUGCUGCACUGCCUAGGAGCCUUCUGAAGAGGCUUUCUUCUGUUGUGUGGUCUCCUGAAAAGCUUACUGCGGGAAGGUGGUCUUCACAGGAUCUUCUAAAGACAAAGGAAAGGAUGCUUGAGAUAGACUUAAAAAACCCAACUCCAAAUCUGACUGUGCAGUGGUUCUCCUCCCCUGCCUGCCCUCAUACAGCCUCAGAAGGCAAAUUCUUUUAUCUUGGCAAGCAGGAGAGGAAUGUCACUCUACAGCUGCCAAAAUUGGGCUUGCAGGAAAAACCUGGAGUGGAUUUUUGUGAGAGGAAGCCCGUGGUCUCUAGUCCUUGAAUGCAUUUGGGAAUGCUUUUCCCCAUCGCUACAUGCACAAUAUUCCAAGCAAAGAGUGUGCAUCUUACUGGACUUAGGGGUGUGUGGCCACGCAAAUUGGAGUCUUUUCUUUUUUGCUGCUUAAUCUCAAGUUUUUGGUUCUUUUUGCCUGUAUGAAGCCAUGCUUCUGUUUUCUCUGCUUCUCCUGGGGCCUGGGGGCAGCUCUUCUUGAGAUUCGUAAUCUGGUGAACCGGGUUCGCGUCUCCGCUCAUCUACAUGCAGCUGCUGGGUGACCUUGGGCCAGUCACACUUCUCUGAAGUCUCUCAGCCCCACUCACCUCACAGAGUGUUGUGGGGGAGGAAGGGAAAGGAGAAUGUUAGCCGCUUUGAGACUCCUUUGGGUAGUGAUAAAGCGGGAUAUCAAUCCAAACUCCUCCUCUUCUUCUUCAAUGAGCCUUUGUUCCAUUUCACUUGCAGGUGGAAUCUCCCACACACCAACUCCACGUAUAGCAAAUGAAUAAUUUCCAAAGUAGUACUAAGUAACCCCUAGCUCAAGCAGAACACUUUCACAAUGAGACUUCCCCCCUCUUUUCACCCCGGAAACUGUUCCAGGGGUUCCUCAAGCCACCUGGAGCAUAUUUUGGGGUGCGCAUAGGGGGAAGGGGCGAGUCCCAUUCCGCAAGCCAAAGUUUUUCCGCUCGCAUAAUUAUUUACUUGAAUGCCACCCAAAGAAACAAUUGCUUGGUUAGAAAAGCAGAAAUAGAGCUUUGUGUAAAGUGGAAGAGCUCUCUGUAUAGCUCUAGUCAUGGGAAAAUAAAAUUCCUAGGCUGAGAAUGUGCUCACAGGAACCUUGUUAUUUAAAUUCUAAUCUUUCUGCCUAUGGAAAUAAAACAAGCACAGAGAGUUGUGGGGGUGGGGAAUUGUACAGUUUAAGGAAGCCAGGAGUGGCAUUGUUUCUGAAGAUAAAAGCUCUUGGGCUUAUCUGUAUGGGAGACUGUUAGCUCUGCUCUUUAUCUUUAGCAAGAGUUGAAGAGGCAGGAUUGUACAGGCUGUAGUUUCUCAUAAAUAUUUGGAGGGGAAACUGAUCUGCGUAUGCUGAUAGGCACCCUGUUCCUUUAAGGCUAAAGAACAAUAACUGAGUAAAAAUGCAUGCAGCCAAGCUGUUAAUCUGCUUGUCGUAUUGAGGUGAGGGGCUGGUAACAUGCUUUUUAUAGGCAGUCAUAAGCAUAGUUGCCUUUUCCCAGGAAGUUGGAGAUUGCUGAGACUCAUUAAUCUCCAGCUCUAAAAUGGGGCUUCAUGAUUUAAUAAUAAUAAUAAUGAUGUUUAUUUAUACCCCGCCCUCCCCAGCCAUGGCCGGGCUCAGGGUGGCUAACAAGCAAUAAUAAAAACAAGUUGAAUGAAUACAACUUAAAAACAAGAUUAAAAUACAACAUUAAAACAUUGAAAUAUUAAAAUGCAGCCUCAUCACAGGAGGAGAAAGGAAAAAGAAAGAGGGGGAGGGAAUCAAAUUGGCUCCAAGCCAAAGGCCCUGUGGAAAGAAAUCAGAUCCCGCAGGGCCCUGGCCUCAUGAGGCAGAGCGUUCCACCAGGCAGGAGCCAGUGUUGAGAAGGCCCUGGCUCUGGUUGAGGCUAAUCGAACUUCCUUAGGGCCCGGGACCACUAGGGUGUUGCUAUUUAUGGACCUUGAGGCUCUCCGUGGGGCAUACCGGGAGAGGCAAUCCCGUAGGUACGAGGGUCCUAGGUCCUAGAAAGCUGGUGCCAUUUACUGCGCCUUAUAUAAACCGCAGCUCGAAGAAUUUUUAUCGGACGCAUGCUUCAUGGCUUACCUUGUGGCUUCAGUGGUCUUCUCCUGUAAAAUGAGCAUUGUCCAAAGAGAGACUUUGAUUAAUACCAUUCCUUACUUCAUGGGUGAGGAAGCUUUGGCCUUCUGGAAAUGGUUAAGCAAAAAUGUCCCUGUCAUCCGAGACCAUAAGCUAUUUUGCGUCCAGCAAUGUAUGGAAGCCACUGGUUCCCAUCCAUGCCUUAUGCAGAUGAACCCAAUGGGGUGCAAAAUAUAAUUUGAUUCAGCCCCUGUGUCCCAGUUUUGGAUGUUGCUCAGGUUGGUAACUCCCAAGUUGUACAAAAGAGAGGAAGGAGAUCGAUCAUACAAGGUCUGUCUGUCCUUUAUGCAACAACUCACGGGCAGUUAUCUUGAAGGGUAAGCAUUGACGGUGGGGAGGAGAUAAUCUUAAAGAAUAGUCUUGUGUUGUGAUCUUAAAUUAUUGAAUUAGUGUUAGGAUCAAAAUUCUUAAAUAAGCAAAGGUCCAUGGGGCACUACACAGGGAUUAUCUUCUACACCAGAGUUAGCUAGCAUUGUGUCCUCCAGACAUUGUUAGACUACAAUCCCCAUCAUUGCUUACCACCUCACAAGGUGGUGAGUGCCAAGACUGCUUGGGUUGAUGGGAGAUAGACCCCACAGCCUUUGGAGGAAACUACGAUGGCUACCGGAGGAAUACACCAUCUUCAAGGAAAUUGGAUUUUGCGCUUUCCAAACCCCCAGUAGCAGAGGAGGUGGUGUGAUCAUGCAAUAAUUUGUGCAGUCAGAUUGAUCUGUCCUCCAAAGCUAAGAGCUGGGGCAGGAGUAGCAUAGGCAUCAAUUUACCAGGACCAGUUGGUCUAAGAAGGGGAGCUUAAUGGUUGAGAUGUUCUCAGUAUAAGAUGUAGCCCUUGAAUUACAGGCCAUAGUUGUCUGGAAGCUACAGGGACAUAGUACAGUGGUGCCCCGCAAGACGAAUGCCUCGCAAGACGGAAAAACCGCUAGACGAAAGGGUUUUCCGUUUUGAAGUUGCUUCGCAGGACGAAUUCCCCUAUGGGCUUGCUUCGCAAGACGAAAAUACCUUGCGAGUCCUGAGAUUUUUUUCCCGCUUUUCCCCCCCUUUAUCUAAUCUGCUAAGCCUUUAAUAGCCUUUAAUAGCCUUUUAGCAGCUAAUCACCUAAGCCUUUAAGCCUUUAAUAGCCGCUAAACAGCUGAUAGCGCUAAUAGCGCUAAUCCGUCAAUGGGCUUGCUUCCCAAGACGAAAAAACCGCUAGACGAAGACUCUUGCGGAACGGAUUAAUUUCGUCUUGCGAGGCACCACUGUAUUAAGUGAGACUCAGUGUCUCUGUCCCCCUCUCCUUUAUCCCAUUCAGAGGUCUCUGCUGCACUGCCUAGGAGCCUUCUGCAGAGACUGCCUUCUGCUGUAUGAUCUCAUGAAAAGGGGACUCUUACUCUCUCCAACCCGCCAGUAGCCUCCGUAUUAAGUGACUAAGCAGGCUUUUCAGCAAGACCUUGUCAGGACUUGUGAGAAUCUUUUAAAACCUCUCUCUUUCCAACAGGCUGACCAAUGCACAGGUCUCCAAGGCUUCCUGGUCUUCCACAGCUUUGGUGGGGGCACCGGUUCUGGGUUCACCUCCUUGCUGAUGGAGCGCCUGUCCGUUGACUACGGCAAGAAGUCCAAGCUGGAGUUCUCCAUCUACCCAGCUCCCCAAGUCUCCACAGCUGUCGUCGAGCCCUACAACUCCAUCCUGACCACCCACACCACCCUGGAGCACUCCGACUGCGCCUUCAUGGUAGACAACGAGGCCAUCUAUGACAUUUGCCGCAGGAACCUGGACAUUGAGCGCCCCACUUACACCAACCUCAACCGCCUUAUCAGCCAGAUUGUGUCCUCCAUCACAGCCUCCCUGCGAUUUGAUGGUGCCCUGAAUGUAGAUCUGACAGAAUUCCAGACCAAUCUGGUGCCCUAUCCCCGAAUCCACUUUCCCCUGGCCACCUACGCCCCAGUCAUCUCAGCUGAGAAAGCUUACCAUGAACAGCUGACGGUAGCAGAGAUCACCAAUGCUUGCUUUGAGCCAGCCAACCAAUUAGUGAAAUGUGACCCUCGUCACGGUAAAUACAUGGCCUGCUGCCUGUUGUACCGUGGGGACGUCGUCCCCAAAGACGUCAACGCUGCUAUUGCCACCAUCAAGACCAAACGUAGCAUCCAGUUUGUGGACUGGUGCCCCACCGGUUUCAAGGUUGGUAUCAACUACCAGCCCCCCACGGUGGUCCCCGGGGGCGACCUGGCCAAAGUGCAGCGUGCCGUCUGCAUGCUGAGCAACACCACAGCCAUUGCUGAGGCCUGGGCUCGCCUGGACCACAAGUUUGACCUGAUGUAUGCCAAGCGUGCCUUUGUCCACUGGUACGUUGGGGAAGGGAUGGAGGAAGGCGAGUUCUCGGAGGCCCGGGAGGACAUGGCUGCCCUAGAGAAGGAUUACGAGGAGGUUGGGGCAGACAGUGCCGAUGGGGAUGAUGAGGGCGAAGAAUACUGAUUUCUGUUUGUAUCCGUUUGUUUUCUACUUCUCGCUCCUGUCUCCUUCUGGAUGCCUUCUGCUGCCCAUUGUGUUAGACUCAUUAAACAAAAUGUUUAGCUGAAA